AACAUGAAAUAUGAGUCCUUUAACUUUAGAGGGGACUCUAUUCAAAAGAAUAUGAAUUUUAAUCAGGCAAAGAAUCGAGGAAGAAUCAAAGUCUUAACUACUAAUAAGCCUCCUAAAGCCCCUGGCUUACCUCAGAUACAUAGUAGAAAUUCUUUAAGUAAUGAGGAGAAUAUUAUCAACUUCAGAACUUUUGACGUGAGUAAUAAUAGAACAAGAGGGAUCCAAAGACCCCAAAUAAACAAUAGUCCUAGUAAAUACACAAAAUCAAGAUAUUUCAAGAAUUCGAUGCAAAUGCUCAGAGCAAUAGGAAAUGGGCAGGUUAAUAUUGCUUUAAGCUAUGACUUGAGAAGUCUUGACAAUGAAAGUUCCGAGAAUAAUGGUACUCAUCCAAUUCUUCAAGCGACUAGGCUUUCAAGUAGCUCAAAGAAAGUUCAAGAAAUGAGCUAUGUUCAAUUCUUCAAUGACUUAAGGAAGGAAAAUAAAAAGAAAAGAAGGUCAUCUCUGAAAAAGUAUAAAGAUCAGAUUCCUAAGUAAAGAUGAAUUAAAAGAGAAUUUAAUCCAUAAAGAACAAAAAACAGAAAUGCUUGACGGAAUUAUCAAAAAGUAUGCCAAAAGUCCUUCUAAGCCAGUUCACACUAAUAAAAAGAAAAGAGGUAAAAUGGAACUAUACAAUAACACGAGAUUAGGCAAGAAGAGAAUCAAUCUAGGUUUAUACGGUAAGAUAAUAAAGAUGACAGAGAAAAAUAAGAAACAUCCAAUGGAACCUAAAAUCUCUGAUGCAUUAGAGGUUACCCAUCCAAAUAAAACAAAUCUGAAUAUCUCUUCAGCAAAGCCAGAAGUGUUAGAUCAGACUUUAUUAGCAGAAGAAAAAUUUAAAGAGCGUAUAAACGGUACAAUCUCCGAAGUUAAAAAUAUGAUGCAUGAGAAAAUAAAAUCAAACUUCCAGAACAGCAAGAAAAAUAUGAGCAAUACCAAAUCACUAAAACUUAUCACUGAGGUAAAGAAGGAGACUCCUGAUUUGAACCAAAGUGUUAGGUCAAAAAGGUCAAGGAAAUCCACUAAACCCAUUAGGAAGGAUUUACAGGAGGACUUAAACAUAAAAGUUCAAGCUUUGAAGGAAAAUCCAAAAGAGAAACAGCAAAAUCAGAGCCCAAUGAUUAAAAUCGAGAGGCUCAAGACCAAAGAAAAGAUCUCGAAACUUGGAGAUGAGAUGACUCAAGGCUUAAUGGAAGUUAAGAGAAAGUCAAUUGCUCGUACAAAUUCCAGUCUUCCGAAGAAAUACAAAAAACAGAUGUAGUUUUUAUGCGGAAAUCUUAUAUUUUAAUUUUAUUUAAUUUACU